AUGACAGAAAAUGUGGACAAAAGUUGGAUGAAUUUAAAAAGAUACGAGGAAAAAUACAUUUUUGGAAUAUAUGCAUUUCUGGAAUUUGCUAAAAAGAAUUCAGUUAGUUGGAAUGGUUAUUAUAAAUGCCCCUGCAUAGACUGUGGCAACAUGUUAUUUCAAAAUGAGGCAGAUAUAAUUUUCCAUUUGAAAGAUGUUGGUAUAAUGAAAAAUUAUACUGUGUGGGAUCAACACGGUGAAGUUACAAAUAUACCUACUGCAUCACAACGAAGGUUGAAUAUAAUACGCGAUCGAGCGUCUUUGAGUCACAAUGUCAAUCCUAUUGUAAAUUUUGUGAAAGAUGCAUUUCCGUUUCAUGAGCGGUACAAUGAUGGCGAAUCAAUCGCCCAUGAGAGUACUCCAGUUUGUGAUGUAGACAUUGUUGCUUCUAAAGUCAUUGAUGCCUAUGCGCGACUGCUAGCAGAAACGAAUACUCCAUUGUACGAUGGUUGUACAGAAACUUCCUUGGGUGCCCUUCUAAGAGCAAUUUCUCUAAAAGAAGAAACUGCAAUUUCUAUCAAGGCAUUUGAUAAGCAUUUGGGGUUUCAAAAAUCUUUAUUGCCCACUCCAAACAAGUUUCCUAAAUCAUAUACAGAGGCGAAAAAGAUCCUUAAAGGCGUUGGGAUGGGGUAUGAGCUUAUCCACGCAUGUUUAAAUGGUUGUUUCUUAUACUAUAAAGAGGGUGACAUAGAUGACCAUUGCCCCGUAUGUGGAUUGCCAAGAUAUGACGAUGUCGGUAACAAAGUACCGAUGAAGACUGUUCGUUACUUUCCUCUGACACCGAGGUUGCAACGUUUGUACAUGUCAAAAUAUACUGCAGAUCAUAUGAGAUGGCAUGGUCAAAGGGAAACAUCCCCGUAUGAUGAUGUAUUGAGACACACAGCUGAUGGUGAAGCAUGGAAAGAUUUUGAUAGGUCAUAUCCUCAAUUUGCGAGUGACCUCAGAAACGUUCAUCUCGCUUUAUCGACUGAUGAGUUUAGUCCUUUCGGAGUUUCUGCUACUCCAUAUAGCCUUUGGCCAAUUGUUGUGAUUUCAUACAACUUACCUCCUUCAAUGUGCAUGCAAAAGGAAUUUAAUAUACUAACGAUGUUGAUAUCCGGACCAAAAUCUCCAAGGAAAUAUCUCAAUUUGUUUAUGAGACCACUGAUUGAUGAGCUCAAAAUUCUUAGGAGACUGGUUUUAGGACAUGAGAUCGAUACGGGGAAGAGGUUGGGAAUGUUAAGUGGUAUUCAGACGAAAGGGUACAAGGCAUGUCCCAUAUGUUUGGAUGACACUGAUGCUAAGUUCUCUCAUGGUAGGAUGUCAUAUAUAGGGGCACGUAGAUGGUUAGAUAUGAAUCAUGAAUUUCGAAUUCAAGGGAGAAAAUUUAAUGGAAAGGAUGAGCUUCGACUAGCUCCACAAACUCGAACUGCAAUUCAGGUUUAUAGGGAAACUGUCUCCCAUCGAUACCCUCGUUUGAGUUUGGUUAAAGAGAAGAAAUCGAAACAGGGGAUGAAUGAGCCAAAGUUGUGUUGGACUCACAAAAGCAUCUUUUGGGAGCUCCCGUAUUGGAAGAAAUCUAGAGUGACACAUGCCUUGGAUGUCAUGCACAUCGAGAAGAAUGUAUGUGACAACAUUCUUGGUACAGUUCUGGGGUUUGAUGGAAAGUCUAAGGACGAUCUUAAAGCCCGCAAAACUCUUGAAGAUAUGAAGAUACGCAAGCAUCUUUGGCCGAAGAAACCCCGAGGCACCUCGAGAAAAACAACGCUACCUUACGCCAAUUACACGGUGAAGCCUUAA